GAAAUGGCUUAUGCUGCUCUUUCUUCCCUUAUCUAUACAUUGAACCAACUCUUGAAACCUAAUCAAUCUUUGGUUUGUCAAUGUUGUACACAACAACAUCUCGAAUCUCUCUGUCAAAAUCUUUCUGCUCUGCAAGAUUUCCUUGACAAUACUACCACAAAGGAUAUAGGAACUCUUAAGGUUAUAGAAAUGAGGAUCAGAAAUGUAGUAUACAAAGCAGAAGAUAAAGUUGAUUCAAGUCUAAGAAGCAUCAUUCUAGCAGAUCACGAGAACAAACGGCAAAAGGCUUGUAGAUCCUUUUAUGAAGAAUUGUUGAAAGUGGAACAACAAGUUUAUUUUCUCAACAAAGAGGUGAUGUUGGUCGAGUUUAACAAGCAUGGAAUCAAAUCUGCAGAAUCAGCAACAAAUCCUUCCUCACUCGAAAAAAGUAAGAUUGAGGAAAAUAGUAUUGUUGGGAUGGAGGAUGACUUCAACAUCAUAUUUGAUCGCGUCACUUCCCAAACAGACGAGUUAACUGUCAUACCAAUUUUUGGUAUGGGCGGUAUAGGUAAGACAACUCUUGCCAGAAAGGUUUUUGGAGAUUCAUAUAUUCGUUCUCGAUUUGAUGAACAUGUAUGGGUCACUAUCUCUGAAGAAUACAAUGAGAGACAAAUGCUUCUUGAAGUUGUCUCUUCAAUUACCAGAAGCAAGCAAGAAACCAGCGAUGAUCAACUAAUGGAGAUUAUUGUGUAUAAAGGUCUGAAGGGUAGGAGAUUUCUAAUUGUCAUAGAUGAUAUUUGGAGUACAAAAGCUUGGGAUCAAAUUCAAAGAAUAUUUCCAAAUGAUGACAAUAAAAGCCGAAUUCUAUUAACCACUCGGCUCAAGUAUAUUGCUGAUUAUGUCAGUUGUCCUGAUUUUCCCCCUCAUAGUAAGUCUUUUCUAAGUCUAGAUGAUAGUUGGAAUCUAUUCACUGAAAAAAUAUUCAAAAGAGAUCCAUGUCCUCCUCUACUUGUAAAAAUAGGGAAGCAUAUUGUUCAACAAUGUCAAGGAUUACCUCUCUCGGUUAUUGUCGUUGCUGGACUUCUUGGAAAAAUCGACCCAAUGCAUAACAAUUGGAAGAUCGUUGGGGAAAAUCUGAAUUCAUUCUUUGGUACGGUAUCUGAACGGUGCCAAUCAAUUCUUUCUUUGAGCUAUAAAUACUUGCCCCAAUAUUUGAGGGCUUGUUUUCUUUAUGUUGGAGGUUUUUCUAAAGAUAUGGAGAUUGAUGUUUCCAAGUUGAUUAGGCUAUGGAUUGCUGAGCAAUUCAUAAAGGUAAGAAGCAAUAAAAGGCUAGAAGUGGUGGCAGAGGAGUAUCUACAAGAGUUAAUUGAUAGAAGUCUAAUUUUGGUUGGUAAACAAAGGGCUAAUGGAAGGAUGAAAACUUGCAAAAUUCACGAUCUUCUUCGACAACUGUGCAUAAGAGAAGCUCAAACUGACAAUGGUUUGAAUGUCAUAAAUGGGGAUUUCGCCAAAGCCAUAUAUUAUAGUAUGCAGCACAGCAGUCGUAUAACUCGCACCUUUAUUCCAAUGCCAUAUUUUCGUUUAGUUUUUCCAAAAAGGAUUUUCUCCAUUGUUUCAGAGUUGAAGUUGCUUAAGGUGUUGGACGUAUUAUCAAUUGAAUGCGAAUUCUCUUGUGUAAUACCUGAGCUUGUGCAUUUGAGAUAUGUUGCUGCAAGAAUUGAGAAAGCUCUUUCACUAGCCAAAUUGAGAAAUCUACAGACCAUAAUUCUUCAAAGUCUUGAAGAGACGGAGUUGAAGCACCCCGUAGAUAUUUGGACAAUGUCAGAGAUAAGACAUGUGGAUAUUGGAUUGCCACUAUAUAUAUCUAAUCCUCUUGAUGCCGAAAAUCAUAGUAAUGGAGAACAUCCUUUGUUUCUCAAUAACUUGCACACGCUUUAUCUUCAUUAUUCUCCUUUUGUUGAGGAAAUCAUAACAAGAAGUCCCAAUCUAAAAAAGCUAAAGAUUACAGAUAGAUCUGAGCAUCCUAUUUUUGAUUCUCUCAGUCUUCUACAUGAUUUGGAGACGCUACAGAUAGCAACCUUUGACCCGAUGAUUUUCUCAGGAGAUAUUUUCCCUCCUAAUCUAAAGAAAUUGAAAUUAUCAUACACUAGAUUACCAUGGGAAGUUGUGAAUUUGCUUGCUAAUUUACCCAGUCUUGAGGUGCUCAAAGGGAAUGAUGCAUUCAAGGGAACAAAUUGGAGACUAGAUGAAGAUGUUGUGUUUCGCAAAUUAAAGCAUUUAAAAAUUGUAGCCGGAGAUCUGCAAAGGUGGGAAGCUGGUAGUGAUAAUUUUCCUAUGCUUGAGCAACUAAUACUGCAUCAGUUGCGUGAUCUGGAGGAGAUUCCCGAGAGUAUUGGAGAUAUAAUGACACUAAAAUUCAUCCAAAUAAACUGUUGCGGCUCUGGUGUAGACACUAGUGCAACGAAAAUUCAAGAAGAGCAACAAAGCUUAGAAAAUUAUGAGCUUCAAGUUCAAAUUACUCCUAUGCCCGACUUAGCUCGAGCUACUACACCUGUUGCUUGGAACAGCUGGGAUAAGAAGCCUUUACGGAAUAGGGAGACAGUGAAGGUGCCACUUGUUAGGCGCGUGAUUGAGGUGUCUCGUAGAGCUUCGAAGCUUUUAAAACGUACCCUAAUGGGGUUUGGAAAAGAUCGCCCUAUGUAA